UUGUAUCUUUUUACCCAGUUAGACCAAUUGGUUUUUUACUUCAGAGUGACCAAUUGUCGCUUUUCCUCCAAUGGUUAAUUUUUGAAUUGCGCUUGGAUUUUUUCCGUUUUAUCAAUUUUCCAUUCAUUUUAUUUUCAGAUUUAGAUUUAAUUUAAAAAUGGACAGAAAUACAACAGAAAAUUUAUCAAAUGGUAUUCAAUUAAACAACAUUAAGGAAGAAGAAAAGACAUCUUUUAUUUCAAAAAAUAAUCGGGAGCAGAAAGCUUGUACUUCAAUACCACAAACAGCUACAACAGCACCAACACGCCCAACUUCUCCAAUAACAACAACCAAAUCAUUCUGUGCAGCAGUAGAUGAUGCUAGUUGGUUAUCUUUCAUUUCAUUUGCUUGGAUGUUCCCAUGGAUGUGGAAUUGUUAUAAACAAAGAGUCUGUACAGAUCCAGGAAAUGUUAACUUAUGGAGAUGCAGCAUAUUUGAUUCUUCCAAUGUUAAUUUAAAAAGACUAGAACACAUUUUCAACGAAGAAAAGCAACGUUCAACUUCACUCGGUCAAAAGCCUUCCCUAACUUUUGCAGUUUUUCGAUUUAUUCGUUUUCGUCUAUUUUUGGCUUGUGCUGUUUUUCUUUUUUGUUUGGUAUUUGGAUUUAUUGGACCGACUUGUCUAGUUAGAGGUUUAAUUGCUUUUGUUGAAAAACCUCCAAGAUUGUUGGAUGGAUCGAUUAAUUAUAGUACUGGAGUUUACUUUGCUUUGGCUAUUUUUGUGGUUGAAAUUCUUCGAGUUCUAGCCUACAGCGCAACAUGGGCAAUAAGUUACAGAACAGCAAUAAGAACAAGAGGUGCAGUCCUAGCACUACUUUACAGAACGUUGUUAGGUGCAAAAUCGAUGAGAGUUAAAUCUUCUGCUGAGGUAAUCAAUAUUUUUGCAAAUGAAGGCCAACGAAUUUUUGAUGCAGUAACUUUUGCUCCUCUAGUAAUUAUUGGCCCUUUUGUAUUAAUUGGUGGAUUAAUUUAUUUAUUGCGAGUAAUUGGGCCUCUUUCGCUUUUGGGUGUUGGAGUAUUUUUUGUUUUUGAUAUUAUACAGGCAAUUCUUGGCAUAAUGUUGUUAAAAUAUCGCAAACUUACAAUUGAACAAACAGAAAAAAGGAUGGGAUUAAUUGGAGAAAUUUUAACUUGUAUUAAAUGUAUAAAAUUAAAUGCUUGGGAAAUGCUGUUUUAUCGUCGAGUUUGUGAAAUUCGAGACAAAGAAAAACAUUAUUUACGUAUUGCUGGUUAUACCCAAAGUUUAAUGAUUGCUUCUGGUGCUAUUGUUCCUGCUGUGGCCACUAUAGUGAUGGUUUUGUCAAUUGUUUUGUCUGGUUCCGAUCUUAAAGCUAGCGAUGCAUUUAGUGCUAUAACUGUUUUUGUUGUUAUGCUCUUUGGAAUUCGAAUGAUACCCUAUGGAACACGUUAUAUUACUGAAGCUUUCCAGUCGUUAAAUAAGAUAAAUUCGCUUCUUUUAAUUGAACAAUAUGAUUCUGAAAUACUUGCUCCUAAACAUCCUAUGGCUAUUCAAAUGAAUAAUUGUACGUUUGUAUGGGAUGUUGCUGAUGAAAAUGAUAAUAAGGAGAAUAAUGAAAAACCACAAAAAAGAGGAAGAAAAAAACGUAAGACGACAAAAAAAGAUGCUUCUACGACUAAUAAUGAUGUUAAUGGAAAUUUACCAAUGAUGGAUGAUGAUGAUGAAAAACAUGAUGGGGAGGAAGAAGAAGUGUUUACAAUUGCUGUAAUUAAAAAUGGUGUAGAACAAGGAAGAGGAAAGCGUGGUGAAAAACAAUUUUGUUUGAAAAUUGAUGAAUUUGUUGUUAAUAAGGGUGAAUUAAUUGGAAUUUGUGGUGUUGUUGGUGCUGGAAAAAGUGCUUUAAUUAAUGCUAUUACUGGACAUAUGUCCAGUGUUGGUUAUAGCUCAAUUAAUGUCGCUGGCCCAGUUGCUCUUUGUUCCCAAAAUCCUUCAAUUCUUCCAACAACAAUUCGUGAAAAUAUUAUUUUUGGUGGUGGUGGACAUUCUACACAAAUGAAUAGUCAACGUUAUUAUAAAGCUAUAAGUUGUGCACAGCUACAAAAAGAUUUGGAAUUGUUUCCGGAAAAUGAACUUUCUAAGAUAACAUCCUGUAAAUUAUCUGGAGGUCAGCGUUCUCGAAUAGCUUUGGCACGUGCUUUUUAUUCAAAUAGAGACAUUUAUUUAUUCGACGAAGUCUUCUCUUCUAUCGACAAAAAUGUUGCAGAAAAAAUUUUUAAUUUUGGAAUAAAAGAAUUUUUGGCAACAAAAACGCGUUUACUUGUAACUGAUAAUUCUGAGUUUCUUUCUCAAUGUGAUCGUGUCUUUCUAAUGGAUUCUGGACAAAUUCGUGAAAUUGAUUUUAAAAAGGAAGGUUCUGAAGUUAUUAAUAAUGCAGUCAAUAAAUUUUCGAAUAAUGAAGCUUCCCAAACGAAUUUAUUACAAAAAGAAACCAGCCUAGCAGCUUCAAUUAAGCCUUUUAAUAUUGAUAAGGAAGAGAAUAAAGAAGAUGAGGAUGAAGAAAAGGAAGAAGCUUUGGGUCUUAAACCAAUUUCUAAGGAUGAAUAUAUGGAAUAUAUUUGUGCAGCUGGAGGUAAUGCAUUCUGUGCUCUAGUUUUCUUUGCUUUUCUCAUAAAUGUUGGGUCAAACAUUUUUGCAACAUUUUGGUUAAGUGAAUGGAUGCGUAAUGUCCAUAAUGAUGAAUUUAGAGCUAGUGUUGAUUUUGUGCUUAAAAAUGCUGCUGCUUCUAAAAAUAAUAAUGGAGAAUCUUCAUUUAAAUUAACUGACAGUCUUGCCAAUCCAGAUUUGGGCUUGAAAUUUUAUUCAAUAAUUUAUGUCUGCAAUGUAUUAUUUCUUUUUCUCAGUGGAAUCUUUAAAGCAAUUGUUUUUGUUAAGUUUACUUUAAAUGCCUCUACUAAUUUACACAAUAAAAUGCUCAAAAGGGUCAUUUUUGCUGUUAUGCCUUUCUUUCAUAAUACACCUACGGGUAGAAUAUUGAAUCGAUUUAGCAAGGAUAUGGAUGAAAUUGAUUCCAAAUUACCCUUUUCGGCGGAAGCAAUGCUUCAAGGAGGAAUUACUUGUGCUGGAUUUCUUUUGAUAAUUAUUUGGGUCUUUCCAUUAUUUUUAUUACCAUCAAUUCCUCUAUUUAUGCUCUUCCUUCUAUUUUUUGUUUGUUUUCGUGCUGGGAUUAGAAGUCUAAAACGUAUUGAAAAUGUAACUCGUUCUCCUCUCUACGAACACAUUACAAGCUCUUUGGAAGCUUUACCAACAUUACAUGCUUAUGGACAAUCAGAUAAAUUUGUUGAACAAUUAAAAUUACGUUUAGAUGAAAAUACAGGAGCUCUUUUUCUUUAUUAUUCAGCAAUGCGUUGGCAAGCUGUAUGGCUUGAUUUGCUUGUGGUUCUCAUAACUUUCGGUGUUUCUUUAUUUAUUGUUUUAUUAACUGGCCAAAUAUCUCCUUCUGAAGCGGGUAUGGCUAUUGCUUUUGCUUUACAGAUGAGUGGAAUUUUUCAAUUUGCCGUUCGAUCUCAAACAGAAUUGGAAGCUAAAUUGACAGCUGUUGAGCGUGUUACCCAUUAUUCAAAGACUAUCCAAGUUGAACCUGAAGAUGUUUCAUUGUCUAAUUCUCAAAAUCUAGAUUGGCCCAAAAAUGGAGAUAUUCAAUUCGAAAAUGUUUUUCUUCGUUAUCAUCCAAAUUUAUUGCCAGCUUUAAACAAUAUUUCAUUUAAAAUACAAAGUGGACAAAAAAUUGGAAUUGUGGGUAGAACUGGAUCUGGCAAAACGUCAUUAUGCAAUGCAUUAUUUAGACUAUAUCCUUUAGAGAGUGGAAAAAUUUUUAUUGGUUCAGAAGAUUUUUGUUCGGUUAGUAUAAGACAAUUACGGAGGUCAAUUUCUAUUAUAAUGCAGGAAGCUACUCUUUUUGAAGGCACAAUUCGUUUUAACAUUGAUCCAGAAAAUGUGUAUGAAAGUGAUGAUAAAAUUUGGGAAUGUUUAGAUAAAGCUGGAAUUUCUGAUUCGUUUAAAGCUUUCCCUGACCCUCUCGAUUUUUUGGUAGGAAGAAAUGGACGUAAUAUUUCUGCUGGGGAACGACAACUUAUUUGUUUAGCUAGAGUUUUGUUGAGGUUUUUUUUGAUUUUAUUUUUUGAGAAAAAUUAUUUUUUGGGAAAUAUAUUUCCUAUUUUUUCGUUUUUUUUGGAUGCAAAAAAUCGGGAUUGUUUUUUAAAAAUUUUUUUUUGUGAAGUUUUUGAACGAUUUUCUAAUUCGGUAAACAAAGAAAUUUUUACUAAAAAAAUUUUUUUCUGAUUUUUCGUUUUUGAAAUUUUUUUAUAAAAAUUUUUUUGAAAUUUUCUAAUUUUUUUUUUUAAUUUAUUUUUUUCAGAAAUACAAAAAUUGUCAUUCUCGAUGAGCCCACAGCUAAUAUUGACAAGAGAACAGAUAUAUUCCUUCAACAACGUUUAAAAGAAUUUUUUGCUUCACAAACAGUUUUAUUGGUAACUCAUAAACUUGAAAAUAUAGCUGAUGGGGCGCUAGAUUGUUUACUUGAAAUGGAGGAUGGAAAGGUCAAGUCUUUCCAAUCUUCAGCAGUCUCUUUG